AUGCUUGUUUUCUCUCUCUCUUUUUUGUUUUUUGUUUUUUGUUCUUUUUUCAUGACAUCAAAGACACCAUCCCAGCAAUAUUCUUCUUCAACAAUUGAAAGAUCAAUCCAAUUGAAGAAAAUGCAGAUCAGCAAGGAUGGGCUCCUUCUUCUGAAACCUCUGCUGCUCAUGCUCACUUUAUUUUUCACUUCUGUAGCUCAAGAUGCUCCAACAAGCUUUUGCGGCAAAAUCCAAAUCCAAUACCCCUUUCUGAAUAACUCGAAUUCAACCGAGUCCUCUCUACUACACCGAAUGAUCCAAUGCAAAUCCCAGAAGCUAUACUUUAGAACCUCAGUUGGUCUUUUUCCUGUAUCUUCCAUCAAUUACACCAGAAAAUUCCUGACUAUUACUCACCGCCAUUGCUCUUCUUCAGAACACUAUGUGUCUCCUUUACUUCUCUCAGCUGGUUUUCCUCCUCCUCCUCCUCCAAUGCUCAACUCACUUCUUCUCUUCAACUGCUCAAACAAAGCACAUCCCUUUUCACCCGUUAUCCGAAACUGCACUCGCUUACCUGCAUCAUGUGGAUCUUCUUCUAAAGUUCAGAAACUAGAACAAAAACCAGGAGUUCCUCAUUCAUCAUGUUUACUUGUUCAUGAUCUUGAAAAGCUGGGAGUGGGUUUUAGUCCAAAAGAUUUCAACUGCUCUCAUUACAGCCAUUUACACAGAUCCUUGUCAGGUGAAAACUACGAAGAAUAUCAUGAGCUGGGAACAAGGAUUUCCUUUGACAUUCCUGAUCACGUACCGAAUCCGUGUAACGAGUGCGAGAAACCAAAUGGUAAUUGUGGAGUUGGGUUGAGGUGCAUCUGCCACCCAAACGAGUGCAAAGAUAAGGUCAUUUCUAUGGGCGGAUCCCUGGACACUUUCGGUAUUGUUCUCUUUUCUUUGAUUUCUUUGGUCGUUGUAAUCGUUUCCACUCAAUGAUAUAUAAAAUAAAAGGCAAAGUUCUAUUUA